UAACAUCCAUCAUGGCGGCUCCCGAAGUUCACCACCUCUUCCACAACCCAAUUGCGGACCAUUCCUUCUCGUCGGACAAGCAGACGCUGGCCGUUGCGCGGGACAACAACGUGGAACUAUACCAGGCAGCCGGCGGAAAGUUCACUCUGAAAGAUGAGCUGAAGGGUCACGAAAAGCUGGUGACAAGUGUUGAUAUCGCUCCCAACGGCGGUCGAAUUGUCACCUGUUCCCAGGACCGAAACGCCUACGUCUGGGAACGCACCCCAACGGGCUGGAAGCCUACUCUGGUGCUGCUCCGUAUCAACCGUGCCGCCACCUUUGUCCGCUGGUCGCCCUCUGAGCAGAAGUUCGCCGUCGGGUCGGGAGCUCGCGUGAUCGCCGUCUGCUACUUCGAGGAGGAGAACGACUGGUGGGUUUCCAAGCACCUGAAGAAGCCAAUUCGCAGCACCAUCACGACGCUGGCAUGGCACCCGAACUCGGUUCUGUUGGCUGCUGGUUCGACGGACUCUCACGCUCGAGUCUUCUCCGCUUUCAUUAAGGGUGUGGAUGAGCGCCCUCCCCCCAGCGCAUGGGGCGAGCGUCUCCCCUUCAACACCAUCUGUGGAGAGUUCCUGAAUGACUCUGCUGGCUGGGUUCACGGAGUGAGCUUCUCCCCAAGCGGUGACGCUCUCGCCUUUGUGUCCCACGACAGCAGCGUGACCGUUGUCUAUCCCAGCGCCCCCGAGCAGCCUCCCAGGGCGAUGUUGAACGUCACCACCCGUCUUCUGCCAUUCAACAGCUUGAUCUGGAACGGCGAGAAUGAGAUCGUCGCCGCUGGUCACGAUUGUGAGGCCUUCCGCUUCCGUGGAAACGAGAGCGGCUGGGAACUUGUUGGUUCCGUCGAGACGAAGAAGAGACCGGGCGCCGGUGGUGCCCGCGAGGAGUCCGCCCUUAACAUGUUCCGUCAGAUGGACCUGAAGGGACAGACGCAGGAUGACACUCAGCUCCAGACGGUCCACCAGAACACCAUCAGCACGAUCCGUGUCUAUGAAGAGGCUGGUGGAGUUGUCCGCAAGUUCAGCACGAGCGGCGUGGACGGCAGAGUCGUUAUCUGGUCCAUCUAAGCGUAAUUCUUGGACUAUGUACUUUGGGAACGGCACUCUGACAACAGUAACCUGGAACUUUCGACCGACAGCCCCCUGAUUAAGAUAUAUAUAUAUAUAUAUAUAUAUAUUAGAAGUAGAGCUUGGCAUCGUUCGAGUCGCCACGAUGGGUAUUUUCUCAUGAAGACUUGUAAAUCGCGAGCAGCUACGAAAUGCCUGGUCUCAAUUAUAGCUCAGAACCUAUCGGAGGUCCACUUACCCCGGAUUCUACAGUGGUCCGUGAGUUUCUCAACGUCAC